AUGGGUGACUACACACCAGAAGUGGCCACUGCCUCAGUGCCUACCUCAACCGAGAAGCAGGUCGAUGUCUCUGUCAGAUCAUCCAGCGGAGUCCUUUACCACCAGCUGCGCAAUGCGCCUUUGAACAUUGUCGGUGGUCGCGGCAGCUACCUGAUCACUGAGGAUGGUCUGGAAAUUCUGGAUGCUACUUGUGGUGCAGCUGUGUCCUGCCUAGGUCACAGCGAUGAGCGUGUCCACGAGGCCAUCGUGGACCAGCUGAAGAAGAUCCCCUACUGCUAUUCCAUGUUCUUCACCAACAGUGCUGCGGAGAGCUUGGCCAAGUUUUUGGUAGACUCCACUGGAGGCAAGAUGUCUCGCGCCUACAUUGUCAGCUCGGGUACCGAAGCUGUUGAGGCUGCUGUGAAGAUGGCCAUUCAGUAUUACACCGAGUUGCCCGUUCCUCAGCCCAAGCGUGUUAACAUUAUUGCUCGCAAUACCUCCUACCACGGAAACACUCUCGGAUCACUUGCUGUUGGACACCACGCCGCCCGCCGCAGAAUCUAUGAGAGCCUUCUUACAAAGAACGUUUCCCACGUCCCCCAAUGCUAUCCCUACCGCAGAAUGAACCCCAAUGAGACCAACGACGCCUAUGUUGAGAGACUCGCUCAAGAACUAGAGGACGAGUUCCAAAGACUUGGCCCCGACACUGUCUGUGCAUUCGUCGCCGAGACAAUGCCAGGUGCCACCCUUGGCUGUGUUCCCCCUCUGCCCGGCUACCUCAAGGCACUGAAGGCCGUUUGCGAGCGCCACGGAGCUCUCCUCAUCCUCGACGAAGUCAUGUCCGGCAUGGGCCGCACCGGAACCCUCCACGCCUGGGAGCAAGAAGACGUUGUCCCUGAUCUCCAGACUAUUGCUAAGGGCCUUGGCGCCGGCUAUGCCCCCAUCGCUGGUCUGCUCAUUAACAAGCACGUUGUCGAUACUCUUAACAAGGGCACUGGCGCUUUCGUCCACAGUCAGACAUACCAGGGCCACCCGGUUGCCUGCGCGGCUGCUUAUAAGGUUCAGCAAAUUAUUCAAGAUGAUAACCUUCUGCCCAAUGUACGGGCAAUGGGAGAAUACUUGGGCCAGCGUCUCCACGAGCGUUUGGAUAGCCACCCUCACGUUGGUGAGGUUCGAGGCCGGGGCUUGUUCUGGGCUAUGGAAAUUGUUCAGGAUAAGGAAACUAAGGAGCCAUUCCCGGGCUCCAAGGGAAUUUCUCGCAUUUUGCACGCUACAGGCCUCAAGCCUCGACAUGCGAUUUCAUUGAUGCCUGGAAACGGUGCUGUCGAUGGUGCUAAUGGUGAUCACAUUAUUCUCGCGCCUCCUUAUAACACUACCCGUGAGGAGAUCGAUUUGAUCGUCGAGAAGACUGUCCAGGUUAUUAAGGAGGUUCUGGGAUAG